AUGUGUUGUAUGUCUGACAACAGAUUCCCCAAAUAUGUGUUUUGUGGAGAGUUCGGCUCUGGAAGGAGAAAACGCGGUGGACAAAAACUGUGCUUCAAAGGUGUAUUAAAGAGACACAUGAAGAAUGUGGACAUCAACACCCAAACUUGGGAGGAAGAUGCAAUGGACAGAAAGAAGUGGCAAUCAAUGGUCCAUAAAAGCAUUGCCGCUGUCGAGCAGAAUCGCCUCAAGAAAUAUCAAGCAGCUCACAACAGGAGGCACGCACCGACAACUGAUGGUCUUAAAUGCAACCGUUGCAGUAGAUUGUGCCGCUCACAUGCUGGACUUGUAGUGCUUCAACGCUCCUGCAGCACUUAA